CUUGCCCUCGCGGCCCUUGUCCUCUCCAUCAUCAGCGCGCCCAUCACCCGCUUCAGGUUCAUCAUCGCCGCAAACGGCGUCAAAUUUGGCGUCUUUGGAUAUUGCGCCAAGGCAGGAUGCAGCAGUAUACAGAUUGAGUAUGCUACAGACGAUAUCCUUUCUUCGCUGUCAAGUGCACUCAAAAGGCAGCGCUUCACCUCGCCCUUCAAUCUGCCUAGUACCACGCGAAAUAACUUGAGCAAUGUCCUGCUCGCUCAUCCUGUUGCAGGUGGCUUGACGCUCGUGAUGCUCUUGCUGUCCAUCAUUGGACAUUCGAGCAAGGCGUCUGGCUCAUCCCGCUAUCACACGGCGCUGCUUAUCCUCAGUUUCUUGACCUCCCUCGUGACGCUCCUCGCAUUUCUCGUCGACAUUCUCAUUUUUGUGCCCAACUUGGAUUGGGGCACCUAUGUGACGCUUGCUGCCACUAUCCUGAAUGCUGGUGCGACGCUUGCUCUGUGUGUCAGUCAACGGCGACUCAAGACGCGCAAUGCAAUGCGU